AUGUCCGGGGAUAAUGUUGAGGCGUGGACCUUGUUGUCCUUGGCUUUGAUCACAAUCAUCCUGCGCUGUGGUGUACGAUGGAAGCUCGUGGGACCGGCCAAUUUCCAGCUCGAUGAUUAUCUCAUGCCAUUGGCAGGAGUAUUCUUCACCCUCGAAACAGUAGCAGCCCACCUGGUCGGUGCCAAAUAUAAGGGAUUGACCAACAGCUAUAUGACACCGGAGCAGCGCGCAGCUCUCGACCCUAAUUCAGUGGAGUGGUCGAAUCGUGUUGCUGGAUCCAAGGUUCAAAUCAUUGGAUGGUCAUUAUACGCAGCUAUUCUUUGGCUUGUCAAGUUCAGUCUGGCGGUCUUCUACUCUCAACUGGCCUCCAAUCUCUCCCCCACUCGAGUUCGAUUCGCAUAUCUCAUUCUGGUUGUGUCAUACAUCGCAACGGCAUUGAACAUCCUGUUGUCCUGCCAGCCAUUUCACAAGUACUGGCAAAUUAACCCGGACCCGGGCAAUAUAUGCAAUCCAAGUAACUCCCGCGUGUGGGUUCUCGUCACCGUCAUCCUGAACAUCCUUACGGAUGUCUACCUGCUCUGCAUCCCACUUCCCCUCCUUUGGACGGUCAACAUCGACUUGAGGCGAAAGAUCCCUCUCAUGGCCCUCUUUUCCGGCGCUACAUUCGUCAUGAUCGCCGGUAUCAUUCGCGCAGUUACGAUCAUGAGCAACAGUCCCAACGGCGCUUUGGAAGGCUCUAAAUGGGCCUGUCGUGAAACCUUCGUCUCAAUCAUCGUCUCCAAUCUACCCAUCAUCCAACCGAUUAUCCGAAAGGGUUGCAGAAAGAUCGGUCUCUCGCACCUCUUCAGUUCCUCUGGCAAACAAUCUCAAUCGUACCCGCUCUCUAGUCGAGGUCUGAACACCCUGACCAACCGCGCUGAGCGCGACACCAAGAAGAGUAAAAACAACUCCGCUGCGCCAUCACAUCUGCAGGCUUCUGCCUGGGGCAGUGACGAGCAUAUCCUCUCUCACGAAGUGCCCGGCGCGAAGGGCAUCACUGUCGUUUCGGAAACGGUCGUGCAGAGCGAGCCAUGGGCUAUGGAGGAGGGGACUGCAUCAGGCCCCGGUCCUUCGACAUCACCUCCAAAGGAAUGGAUGAGUCCAGUGCGUCGAUGA